AUGGACCCUACGCACGCCCUCCAGGUCCCGGAGCUGCUAAUCAACAUAUUCGAGUCUGAGGUCCUCUCGCCGGGCGACUUGGGCCAGUUUGCACGCGUGUGUCGGGCGUGGUACUAUCCGGCUGUAGAGGCUCUCUGGAGACAUCUACCAGGGCUGGAGCCUCUUCUGUCCCUGAUCCACAAGCCCUCGUACGAAUGGAUCUUUCAGACGCGUACCGCCGGGCGGCGUACCUUGAUCAUGGGGGCUAGUCUUCGCCUUGACAUUACCGACGACAGGUGCAAAUAUAUUCUCUCUCGGUCGCAUAGAAUCACCCACCUCACCCUUCACUACCGUCGUUCUGAGAUGGACAUGUGCAUCUACCAGACCCUUCGCGCUCGGGUGGAACCUCGUCUGGGGGUGCUUCUACCUCACCUCCGCACCGUGACGGUCGUACCACCGCCGCAUGGCAAUGGUCAACGCCAUCGAUUCGUCCCGUACUUCCCAUCUGCGUCAAUUCGCGCUCGCGACUGGCGCUGUCGGACGGGUUUCAGCGUCUUGCCGGUCAUGAUGACCUUCCCUCGGGUGUUCACCUUUCUUGUUGGGCGUCAAUCCCUUCCUACCGAGUACCUCCGGGCUUUGCAUAUUCGUGACCAGUCUAUGGACGUCCUGGUCAACGUCGUGGAGGCUCGCGCUACGUAUCCCCUCGACGAGCUGUGCGUCGAAGUAGCUGUUGCCGACCUACCUCCCCCGCCGGUGAUCGUCUGCUUGCUCGGGUCUGUGGUGCUACGCUACCGCAACUUGCGUCGCCUGCAUCUCAUCGUCCAUAAGCUCCAAGACAACGAGUUAUGGUCGCUGAACUCCGCGUUCUUCCGUCUUCUAUCGUACCUGCGCAACCUGGUCGACCUUCGGAUCGAGGCACCCAUUUUGUCUACGGUCACCGACAACGAUUGGGCAGAGAUCGCUCCCAACUGGUCGUUCAUGGAGUCUCUUUGUAUCAUACCCGGCACGGAUUACGCGUGGAAUGGAGGGGUCUCGUUCCCUGAUCCCGGCACCAACCCUUCGUGUACCAUGGACGCUGUACUUUCCAUUGCCACCGUCUGCCCCGACAUGCACACGCUGGCUCUACCCGGACUCGACUGUCGUAGUCUACCCCCAUCGGGUGUGCUCCUGGAUUUCAUGGCGCUGAGGCUUCGCCGCUAUGAAUGCGGUCAUCCCUUGAAGCGACUCUCUAUAUGCGAGAGCCCGCUCCGGGACCCGGGUGCAUUGUGCUUGCUCCUCGCCAUCGGGUUUCCCAGCCUGCGAGAUUUAUCUUACAGACGAUAUCCAGAACCUCAGUUCCAGGACAUUGAGGACGACGAGGGCGACGAGGACGACGAGGACGACGAGGACGACGAGGACGACGAGGACGGCUCGGAGGAAGAAGAUGUAGGGAUGGGCGAUGAUAGCUCGUCGAUGACCGGCGAUCUAGUGGCGAUGGCGAACGAGGUAGAGAAAUGGAUCAGUGAAGGGCGGAAUUGGCAGGACGAGGCUCUGGCGGCAGAGAUUGCUCUGCAGAUGUUCGCAGCGGAAGGGUGGAAUAUGGUCGCUUGGUUUCUUCGCGAGCGUUUCAUGCAAGGGAGCGAUAUAGCUUCAUAUUCCCCGGAUACAGUAUAA